GGAUACAGCCCACAUGCAGCAGCUAGUAUGCCACCAUGACGCUGGUGUAUUAACCCUUUGGCGCAAAUUGAUAGCGAUUUCUGUACUGUGACCCCCCCAUGCCCACACCCCUUUAAGAGACGUGGUGAUGCGACGUGUGUCACCCAACGCUGUCCGAGAAGCUGCCGAGAGGAGAGUCUGGAUGGACUUGUAGACAGGUCAAAUAAAUAAACAAACCACAGGGGGAAGGGGAAAAGGAAAUUCCCUCCUCGCUUUUCCUGUUCCCGAGCCUCUUGCGCUGCGCAGUGUUGGCGACGGGAAGCGGUGCGCAAUUUUCUAUCUGAGGAAAGGACCACAGCCUGAAACGGCAUUUCCGAGCCGAGACUGACGGAUCAAAGAGGAAAGAAAAGCCGCAAUCUGACGACCUGCUUUGCACUGCGGGUUCUUCGUUUAUUCAAAAGCUUUUUUUUUUAAUGCAACAACGAAGGAGGGAAAGGGAGCCAAAACCGGCGUUCCCCCCAACAGGGACAUUUGACCGACUUAUGCAGCGCUGAUUUAUAUACCUUAUUUUUCAGAAACACUGUUCUACGAUUAGACGAGUCUAUUCCAUUGCUGGAAUAAAUUUCACCGGGUUGAGAAAAUAGCUUUCGUCGCCAGCUUGUUACAUAACCGAGUGGCUUUAGCUCUCCAAGGUGCUGAACUGAACGCUCGGAGCCUAUAACAGAACGAGCCGCCGGGAAUUCACAACCUUGCGUAAGUCUACUCAUGCAACGGCGAAUAUUAACAACGUGACCACACGAUUUACUGCGAAAAUAACAUUUAUCCAGCUCAUUUUCUCUGCUUUCCCCCCACCCCCUCCCACACAUAAGGUCGCAGGCCUAUAUUAUCUGGGAGAGGGACGCACUCAUCUCAGUGAACCGCAGGGAAGAAGCUGGGUUGUAUUCGUAUUUUUCCCCCCUCCCCCUCACCGUCCUGUGGUGAAAUAAAUUCCUGAGGAGGUCGAAACAACUAGGAGAAAAUGUCGGGGCAAACGCUCACGGAUCGCAUUGCCGCUGCGCAGUACCAGCUAACGGGAUCGGAUAUGGCCCGGGCUGUCUGCAAAGCCACCACUCACGAAGUGAUGGCGCCCAAGAAAAAGCACCUGGAAUACCUGGUGUCAGCCACCAAUACCACCAACGUGAACAUCCCUCAGAUGGCUGACACACUGUUUGAGCGAUCCACCAACGCCAGCUGGGUGGUCGUCUUCAAGGCCCUCGUCACCACACACCACAUGUGUGUCUAUGGCAAUGAGAGGUUCAUUCAGUACUUGGCAUCCAGGACAUCCUUGUUCAACCUCAGCAACUUUAUUGACAAAACCGGAUCUCAUGGCUAUGACAUGUCUACAUUCAUCAGGCGGUAUGGACGAUACCUGAAUGAGAAAGCCUUCGCUUACCGCCAGAUGGCAUUUGACUUCACCAGAGUCAAGAAAGGCGCUGAUGGAGUGAUGAGAACCAUGACCACUGAGAAGCUGCUGAAAGGCAUGCCUGUUCUGCAGACACAGAUUGACACACUCCUGGAGUUUGAUGUUCAUCCCAAGGAGCUGAACAAUGGGAUCAUCAAUGCUGCAUUUCUGCUUCUCUUCAAGGACUUGGUGAAACUGUUUGCAUCCUACAAUGAUGGGAUCAUCAACCUAUUAGAGAAAUUCUUCAAAAUGAAGAAGAGUGAAUGCAAGGAGGCCUUGGAGAUCUACAAGCGUUUCCUGACCAGGGUGACAAAGAUUGGAGAAUUCAUGAAGCUGGCUGAGACAGUUGGAGUUGACAAAAAUGACAUUCCCGACAUCAACUAUGCUCCCAGCAGUAUCCUAGAAUCUCUGGAAACCCACAUGAAUGGCCUGGAGGAUAUAAAAGGUGGAAAGAAGGGUGAAGGGUCUCCAACAAAGGGAUCUCCUACAAACAAUGUGUCUCCAACGUCAACUCCAGCCAAAUCUUCAAAUGCUGUUCCCACAUUGCAGCCUCCUCCUGGGGACAGUGCUGGCAGCGCUGCUGCUUCAGCUGCUCCUGAACCGGCUGAAGAUUCAUUGCUAGAUCUGGAUCCACUGGCCUCUACUGGCCCUUCAGCACCAUCAGCUGCCCCCACAUCUUGGGGAGAUCUUCUUGGAUCAGAAAUGGGCGAUUCCUUGCUAUCUGAACCCACCCUCGCAGCUGAGCCCACCCCCUCCCUUGCAGCGGCAUCGCCCACUCCUGCAGCAGCAGAACCUGGAGUCUCUCUAGCUCCUCCCACUAGCACAGCAGCUGCCACCUCCCCUGGCGCCGCCAAUGUGGAUCUGUUGGGAGAAGCCUUCGCAAGUCCUGCUCCUGCCACUGAGGCCUCCGCAGGAGCAGCUGAAGGUGGGGCUGCUGCUACAUCCACCCCAGCUGCCAACGCUGGAACUGAGCCUACAGGAGGAGAUGCCCCAGCUGCUGCUGCUGCCCCUGCUCCUGUUGCCCCCGGUGCUGAACUGAUGUCAGUAUUUGAUGGCCUAGGGGAUGUAAUGAAGCCCACAGUGACUCCCCAGGCUGGGGAUGUUGACACAUCUAUGGCUAACAUGGCAAGUAAUCUCACAAUGGGAACUCCAGCGGCCCCUCAGGUAGCUCCCCCAAGUUGGGGUGCUCCGAUGGCACCAGUUGCUGGAGCUCCCAUGAUGCCAAUGGCGAGACCAGGCUUCCCAGCCGCUGGGGUGACCCCAGGAGCACCGAUGUCUCCUGGAAUCGCCCAGAGCCCCAGGAAGCCUCCACCACCCAGGAACGCUCUGGAUGACCUCAAUAUUAAGGACUUCAUGUAGACUGACUGAUCCAGAAACCCCCAAGGUUUGUCAUCGUGUCUGGAGCUCUGUGGAAGUGGAUGUCUGCACCCCCCCCCCCCCCCCUUUUUCUCAGCCUCUUCAGCCAGCCAUCAACUCUUCGAUCUUUGCCCCCCCACGACCCCUGAAAGCAACCUGCCCUCUUUAUCUAAUGUUGUAGCACAACUGUGAAUGUGAACCCUAGAUACAGAAAAAGAGAAUUCCGUUUAUGUGUGUGUGGGUGUGUGUGUUAUUCAGUGUUAACAUUUACUUAAUAUACUACAGAAAAAUUAACAAAAAAAAUCAGUAAAUGUGUAUUUAGAUUCAUUCUGGAUUUUGGCAUAUCAGCUGACUUGGAAUGGUGGAUAUAUGUUGGUUUCUUUGCGCAUCUCCCAGACGAGGACUGUGUUGUUCAAUGUGGACUGUGUUCGGUGUAACUUCACUGGCCAACUCCCACUCCUCUAUCCCUGUUGUUCAGACUAAUACUGUUUAUUGUCAUUAAAGACUUGGUUGUACCCAUAUAUAUCUGAUGGCCAUCCAUCCUACCUGUCUACUUCAAGUUUUUUUGGACAAAAGCUCCUUAUCAAAAUGUACUUAAACACCACUUGCACUGCAAAUCUGGGCUUAUCACUAAAGACAUUAAACAGUGUUUCGUUUCAUUUUCACAUUAUCUUUUUUUAGGGAUUGUAUGAAACAUGCAAAAAUUGACAUAUGCAUUUUAGACUAUUUUAAAUGACAGAUUAUACAUAUUUUCUUUAUUUUAAGUGAAAAAGUGUAUCAUAUAUUUUUAGUUACAUUAAAUUAUAUGGUUGGAUAAAAAUGCAAGUAGACUAAAAAGUUUCCCACUUUGUACAUACCUCUGAAGCUGUAACAAAUAUUGAGUGGAAAUGUUGCUCAGAGUGUGUGCUGUGUCGCCCUUUGCUGGUGUGGAGUGGUACUGCAUCAUGACGUGAAACAGGUGAAUCUGGGAGGCACUCUGAAAGAGCUGCAUUCCUUGUUUUAUCUCUACAUACGAUGAGUCCAAGUUAAGGUGGAAACAAAGACACGAGGAAGUGUUUGUGAUUGGCCUCAGUUGUUUUUGGGUGAUUUGUGAUAGAGCAGCAGUUGGUACAUUUGUUCAUGUGCUGCUAACGGGCUCACUGUAAAGCACUCGAGUAUACGCUGGAUGUUCUGUGUAUUAUUUCAAAAAGUGACUGUAUCUUAAUCCAUUGUGGCAUUAACAAAGUGUUGAAGGAAAAAUAAAAAUGGCACCUAAAAACAAGAAGAAUGUGGAUGAAUAUCAAAAAUUAAGGAUUCCUUUCUUUUGUUUUUUGUUACAUGGAUGGCAUCACCCCCCCUCCCUCAACCCCACCUGCAUGUGACUCCAAAUGAGAUGCAAUAAAAGACACAUCUGUUGAUCUCA